GGUGCGGCACGUUUUUUGGCCGGAAACCGAAAGAAUAAAUCGGAAGUGACGUCGCGGUCAAAACAAGCCGGGGGGUGGGGCCCUGCAGUGAAUCUGGCCCAGAUGGAAAGGCCCGACUCGCUGUGGGCUGUCGAAGGCGGUCGCCAGGCCUUUCGCUCCCACACGGUCGGCCUCCGGCCCUUAUCCCCGGGACCAGCCCGCUGCGGUUGAGCCAGAGUUUCCGCCCUCCCUACCCGAGCCGCGCUGGAAUUUUUCGGGCAGAGUUGGCGGGAGGCGACAGAGCGGACUUCCCUCCCUGCAACAGUCUCCCCUCCAGCGGGUUCCUGUCCUGGGACGCCGGGACACCUGUGGCCUAUGUUUUAAUACCCAAAUUUGAAGAAUACACUGUAUGCCAUUCUUAUAAAACCAAGGGGAAAUCAUGAAGAAAUGUUUUAAUUAUUGAAACUACAGUUGAAAUCAUGGCUACAUCAGCAAAUUUGGAUAUUGGAGCCCAGCUGAUAGUAGAAGAGUGCCCCAGCAGUUACAGUCUAACUGGCAUGCCAGACAUUAAAAUAGAACAUCAGCUGGACUCAAAUGCAGAAGAAGGAUCAGCUCAGGGUGUUUCCAUGGGGAUGAAAUUCAUACUGCCUAACAGAUUUGAUAUGAAUGUCUGUUCUCGGUUUGUGAAGUCCUUAAAUGAAGAAGAUAGUAAAAAUAUUCAAGAUCAAGUUAACUCUGACCUGGAGGUGGCAUCUGUCCUAUUUAAAGCUGAAUGCAGUAUCCAUACAUCUCCUUCUCCGGGAAUUCAAGUAAGGCAUGUCUACACUCCCUCUACAACAAAGCACUUCUCACCCAUAAAACAGUCAACUACUUUAACCAACAAACACAGAGGAAAUGAGGUCUCAACCACACCUCUGUUAGCAAAUUCUUUGUCUGUUCACCAGUUGGCUGCUCAGGGAGAGAUGCUCUACCUGGCUGCUCGUAUUGAACAAGAAAAUGUUAUCAAUCACACGGACGACGAAGGAUUUACUCCUCUGAUGUGGGCUGCAGCACACGGGCAAAUAGCUGUGGUAGAGUUUCUACUUCAGAAUGGUGCUGAUCCCCAGCUUUUAGGAAAAGGUCGAGAAAGUGCACUGUCAUUAGCCUGUAGUAAGGGCUACACAGAUAUUGUCAAAAUGCUGCUGGAUUGUGGAGUUGAUGUAAAUGAAUAUGACUGGAAUGGAGGGACGCCUUUGCUUUACGCUGUACAUGGAAAUCAUGUGAAAUGUGUAAAAAUGCUCUUAGAAAAUGGAGCUGACCCAACAAUUGAAACCGACUCUGGAUACAAUUCUAUGGAUCUAGCUGUAGCCUUGGGCUAUAGAAGUGGAUUUCCUUGGAGACAUGGGUGUUGACUGAAGCACUGGCCUCCAGAACCCAUGCCAGCUCACAGGGGUCACAAGGCCAGGUAACGCCUCCUCCAUCAUGCAUGCCUGUUAUGAAAACCUUUUCCUCUUAGUUGGCUGUCCUGGUGUUUGCCCCUCUUCCAAGGAGACUGUCAACAAGAAUUAAGUCAAUUGCAUGUACCCCUGUCUCAGUGAGCCCCUUCCUCAGAGGCCCCCUCAGCUGAGUCAGGAACAGCAUGUCAGUAUUUAAGCAAGAGCCCAUCCACCUAACCAAGCCAGAGUUUGGCCUGUUCAGAAGAUAAACCACUCUCUCUGCGCCAUUCCAGAUUCUUCUUUUAAAGAUAGUGUUGCCUUGCCUAUGUUGAUGAGAUGUUAUAGGACCCUUCCUGAGAGAGCAUUGUGUACUUGGUCAGCUUUCACGUAGCCUCCUACUUGGGGAGAAAUCAAAUAUAUCAACCACUAUUGUCUGCGAGAAAGAGCCUAGCACAAAUGUCAAGCUUUGUGCUGGCUGCUGGGGUCACGGUCACUGUGCCUCAAUGCGAUACAGAUUAACUAACAACAAAGCACUAUGAGAUAAUAGAUAACAAAAGCCAUUGUCAAGCAGGAAUAAACUGGAGGAAGAAAAUUACUUCUGUGGCUUUAGGAAGCAAAUGUCAAAUCACUAAUACUUAGGCAUUUUAAAACAUUGAUCUUUAUUACUUUUCUGAAUAUAAAAGUAAUGUGUACUUCUUGUAUCUGUUGUUAGGAUGCUUUUAGCUAUCAAAUAAGACCCACCUAAGAUGGCUUAAAUAAAUAAGUGAAUGUAUUUGUUCACAUGAAGAGUUAGGUACACUUCAAGGUUGGUUCAUAGAUAGCAGCUUAACAAUGCCAAGUAAGACCUGGAUUCCUUCAGGCUCUGCACUCUGCUGGCCACAAUUCAGCUUCAUCCUAAGUCUGGUUGCCUGCGGGUCAUAGUGUGACUUCCAAUAGCAGGGGCCAUAUGCUUCCUCGUUUCUGUCCAGUCCACUGAGAGAAAAAGGUGUCCCAUACCCUCUUCCAAUAGUGAGGAAGAACUUCCCCAGAAAAUCUCUCUCCUAGUUUUAUUUCCUGCAAUUGGGUCACAUGCUCAUUUCUGAACCAGUCAUGGAGAUUGAGAUUACCCUAGUACCCACCAGUCAUGCCCAUUCAACUGAGAGUCAGCAUCUUGUGUAGCACCUGGGCUGAGUGGGGAGAAGCAUUGGCCUUCCAUUAAGAAGGAGAAAGAGGAACAAAUACAAUACACAUGAAAUUCACUUUGGAGAGCCCUGACCAGUCACCUUAAGUAGAUAAGCAAAAGAAUAAUACAGAACUAGAAAGCUAACAGAGAAGAUAAAAUGGAAUGAUAAAAAAAAAAUACUUGAUUGAUUCAAAAGAGGGCAGGAAAUGAGAAAUAUGGGAACAAAGAAUAGAUGAUAGACUUAAAUUCAACAUUAAAUGUAUGAGGACUAAACAUUCCAAGAGACUGGACUAAGGAAACCAAGCAAGAAUCACCUAUUACUAUUUUAAAGAAACAUACUUUAAGUAUAAAGAUGUAGAUAGAUUGAAAGUAAAAAGAUAGGAAAAGACACCAUCAAACAUCAACCAAAAGAAUGUUGGUGUGGCCACAUUAAUGUUGGCACAAGGAACUUCAGGGACCUAGGCUGGCCAAAACUUGAAGAAGAACAAUGUAGAAAAAUUAAAUUACCAGAUAUCAAGACUCACUGUAAAGCUACAAUGAUUAAGCCAGGUGUUGACAAAACAAAUAAACCCAUGGAACAGAAGAGAGAAUCUAGAAACAGAUGUGUACAUAUAUAUCACUGAUUUACACAAAGGCACCACUGCAACUCAGUGGAGAAAAUAGUAUAUUUUUUUUAACCAACAGUGCUGGGUCAUUAAAUAUCAUUGUGAGAAAAAAUUAAGUUUCAGCUUUCACAUCUUACUACAAAAUUAACUAGAGAUGGAUUACAGGUCUAGUUAAUUUUGAAGGAAAACGUAGGAGAAUACCUUCAUGAUCUUUGAGUAGGGGAAGAUUGUUCAUCAGCCCUCCAUGGUUUCUAACUUUUUAAUCUUCUUCAUUCUAAUGAUUUAAAAUGGUAGCUUGUUUCCAUUUUAAUUUACAAUUUUUUAAUCACAAGCGAGGCUGGACACCUUUUCACAAGCUAAGCCACUGGUUUUUCUUUUAAGUGUUCAUUUGUCCCACUUUUCUGUUAGGUUAUUGCUCUUUUUCCUAUUAAU